AUGCGACCACCGUUGACACCACCGCCGUCUCCAACCACCGUGGCACCUCGAAGAUCUAAAACUCCUCGCCGGAAGAAUGUAGAUAUCAGCAACAAGAACAAUACUCCGUGCAAAAAUGCAUUGAAGCCAAGUUUCGCUGAUCUUCCAUUAUGCCUUUUGGAAGUAAUAAUGUCUCAACUUGUGUUAGAAGAUAACAUCAGAGCAUCAGCUGCUUGCAAGUCAUGGCGUGAAGCUGGAGUUUCUGUUCGUGUAGUGGAAAAACAUCCUUGGCUGAUGUGGUUUCCUAUCACUAGCAACUUGUUUCGAUUCUUUGAUCCAUUGCAGUCCAAGUCUUACACUUUGGAACUGCCAGAGCUAGCUGACUCGAGUGUGCGUUGCUCAAGAGAUGGUUGGUUACUUAUGCAGAGACAUUAUACCGAAGACGAGAUGUUCUUCUUUAACCCGUUUACUCGGGAGCUCAUAAGCUUGCCUAAGUUUAAGCUUCCUUUCCGGGAGAUCGCAUUCUCUUGUCCUCCUACAUCGGAUGAUUGUGUUGUCUUAGCGUUAAACUUGGACACGGAUGCAUAUCUCACUAUCAGCACGUGCCAUCCGGGAGCAACCGAUUGGAUUACUAAGUGCUGCUAUACUUAUUAUAACCAACCGGCGUUACGGGAUACACAUAUAAAGCUUCUCUAUGUCAAAGAUCGUUUCUAUUGCUAUUCCUUAGAUAGUGGCUGCUUGUAUUCUUUUCACAAAUCUUCCAGCGUAUGGGAGUUUCAUUUUCCUGCUGAAUCACUGGACUAUAGGUUUGACCAGAGAGAAUUUUGCUUGGCAGAGAAGAACGGAGAGCUCUUUCUCAUGUUUACGAGCCGUGGCAAGAAGUUAACGGUGUAUAAACUAGUCUCGUCGAGAUGGGAAGAGAUGAGUAGUACUACGCUUGAUGGCUUGACAGUGUUUUUCAGUUUUUACAACGCUGAGUUGAGAACUAAUCUCCCAUGGAUAAGGAACAAUGUCUAUUUCUCAAAGCUUGGUUACGACCUCAAACAUUGUGUAUCCUACUCGUUUGAUGAAAGCAUGCGUCCACACGAAUACUGCUGGCUAAAACUUUGUCCUUCUCGAAGCCUCUGGAUCAAUCCGCCCAAGAACGUUUUAGACUAUUUGUGA